AUGGGCCGAAAUGCUGGCGCCACCAAGCAGCCAUGGCCUCCGUGGUAUGGAGCCUACACUCGGCAGCUUCGAAGCAAGCACCGUGAAACACUUCUUGAGGAGUCGGGCCGCGUCCUUCAACACCUUGACAUACUCCAAACAUGGCAGGACCAGCUGCGCACGCUGCUUGACCAGGCAUUGGGAGCCGUGCAGCAGCGAUGUCAGGAAGGUUCGGCGCUUCAGAUGGAAUCGGACAUCCAGACACUGGCUUCAAUUGGCCAGUGGGCGAAACAAGAGAGACAACGACAGUUGGAAGGGCUGUCACUUCUUUGGAAGCUGCUGUAUGGCGACUGGAAGCCCGAGAAGGUGAUGCCGUUCAUGGCAGCGCCGCAGGUGCGCGUUGCCAGGCACGCGCUGGAAAUGCUGCAGCAGCUUGUGAAGCAGGUUUUCGACAUGGUUUCCGACAGUGUCAGGCCGAAGCAUGGCCCAAAGCCACCGUCCACCCCACCUCCAGCACAUUUACUGAGAAGGUCGCAAGCUGACGCGGUAGUGCUGGGAGUCCAGGAAGUUCCGGAAGUCGGGAUUGAGGAGACCAUAUCAAACGAAGCAUGUCCUGCAUCGCCCACGCAGCCUGAGCACGGGGAGCCUGAUGCGUCGGGCGAGAGUGUCCCAGACUUCGACCGACAGCAGCAGGAAUUCGAGCACCAGAAGCAUCAGCUCCAACAAGAGCUCACAGCUAUAUUGCAACGGCGUGAAGCAAUGGAGCAGACACAUCAGACACAGCAGAGGAUCAGCGGACUGGAGCUCCUGCAAGAAUUGGAGCGUGCCAAUGCAACCGAGCCUGGGAGUCAGCAAUGCCAAGAGCUGCAGGAGCAAUUGCAACGUGAACUGCAUAUGUCUCAACAGCAGCAGCUGUGCCAGCAAAUGUUGCAGCAGCUGGAGCUGGAGAUGGAGCUGCAAAGGCAAGAGUCAGCACGCCACGAACGCAAUGCAAGUGCGGCGUGCCAGCCCCAGCUGUCCCAGGCACAAGCUUCUGGUCGAAGCGCCGACAUGCAGCACUUCUUGCCCAGCUUGCAUCAGAUAUCUGAACAGAUUCGGCACCUGGAGCUGCUCUCGCGCCCCUGCGACCCCAACGUCGACCUGGAUGAGCGCAAUAUGUUAUGGACAUACCUACAAGCUGAACUUGACGCUCCACAGGAAGCGAAGCGGGAACGCGGGGAGGGCAAGAGGGGCCACUUCGGCAAAGGUAAAGGCGAGCGGCUCAAUGUCUUCCGCCACGGAGGCCGUCAUCUGCAAGAAGCCGCAGCGAUCCUUCGUCCACCGCCAGCUCCGCCGGCUGCUCCGCCGGCUGCUCCGCCGGCUGCUCCGCCAGCUCCUCCCCCUCCACCUCCGGCACAAGGUAGUGAAGAGUCUGCAGAUCCACACCAAAGUUCUGACAGGUGCAACCAGCAAGCAGAGGAUGAGGUGGAGCUCGCCAGCUUUGACUCAGUCCACCACGAGACUCAGGAGUCGCCGCAGUCGCCUUUCGAAGGAAUACCGCGGCAUCAUGAGCUCGCAGCCAAAGCUAUGCGAGCGGUCCAUGGAUCUGUCGCGCACAUCCUCCAAGCCGAGCCACAAACGGCAGCGGCAGAUCCAGACCCCGUGUUAGGGGAUAGCCACGAAGGCGGCAAUGGCUGCCAGGACACAGAGCCACGGGCCAUCCCAGAACAGACAGAGACGGAGAAGGGCGUUGCACUCCAGAUGGACGAGGAAGACGCCAGCAAGCAGAACCCCGAACGUCUACCUCUCAGCGGAAUUUGGGAAGGAGAAGCAGGGUCUUUGCCACUGAGCAUGCUGCCUCUGUGCGUGGCUGAGGCCCGGGCACCUGACCGUGAGCCUUGUGCAGAACCACGUGGAGUCUGGAAGAGCACUGCUUGGUGGAAGGCUCACAUCAAGCCGAAGACGCAAACAGACGAGGAGAUCAGGAGUUCUUUCGAGAGAGGCGAGGCCCAUUCGCGGGCGACUGAGGUCUCCGCAGCCGAAGCUGCAACUCCAAAGGUCCAUAGCUUCCCUGCGGUGGUGCCUGAGCCUGGAAGCUCAUCGCAGAAAAGGGUUGAAGGGCCAUCCCCGGGCAACGCUCCGGGCAACGCUGCAAGUGUUGGCACGGUCGAGGACAGCAUUCGAACAGGCGCUGAAGCCCUUUCCAAAGCGUCAGAGGCCGAUUUCCGGGUGGCCAUGCGAUCAGGUCAGAGCUUGGAGGCCUUGCGCCUGCCCAAGCUGCCUUGGUCUGCAAAGCUGCCAAGAUCUCUUUUAGGCCAAGGCCGUCAACAGGCCGAUGGCAAUGGAGUUGACGAGGAAGACGAUCCCCCUGUCCGUGCAGAUGGCAAAGUUCGACUGCGUGUCUUUGACGGUGCUUUGGAAAGUCACACUCUUGCGCUGGAGCUGCCUUGUACCAUCCUGGGCUCAUCCCUAAAGUUUGCGCACGUGGCCGAUGGCACCCACGCCUCCGUCAAAACAGAGCAUGCUGCAGUGAUAUUCGUGCCUCCCGAGUCCUACCUCUUGCAACCACUCAAUGGUGAGGUUUCCUUGACCUGUGCUUCUCAGCAUGCAGCUGUGAGCAGCAAGUUGCUCCAGGAAAGAAGAUCCGGACCUCAAUGUCGUGCAGCUCCAAAGCUCCUAUCUGUGGGUAGCACUCCAGAAGAGAUCACCAGACAGCAUUGCUGUUUCCAACUGGGCAAGUCGGAAGUCAUCUUCUUUGUAGACGUGUUGCCGUCGGCUGCCAGCGUCCGUGCACUUGGAACUUCUCGGCACCUCUUGCAGGCUUUCGUUGAUGGAAAAACGUCUGACACCAAGCAGAAGCGGGCCAAGGAACUGAAGUCCACGCGAGCCUCAGGCCCUCGUGCAGCCAAGUUGGUGCCAGCGAGUGUGGCAAACGAACGGGCCGCCGACGCGAAGCCUCGGCCAGUGGAUGCGCCUCCACCUGCGCUUCCGCCACUGAAGUUUGCGAGGGCGGAAGGUCCACGACGGUCUCCCAGCAUGUGGCGCCAUGAUCGAGUCCAGCGCUCGAUCAGCCGGCACUCCCCUCGGCCGAGACAGCGAGAGCCGAGCUCGGAGAGCUUGCCAAGAAGGUCCACAAUGCAGAAGAAGGGAAGAAUAAACGAGACGCGGAGAUCGCGGCAGACCGCUUCCUCGCCAUCAGCUGGACCAAGCAAGUCGAAUGCCGCAAUCAAACCAACGACCGGAGAAAAGCCGAAGAAAAGUGAACCACCGCCAGGCAGGCAGCCCGAGUCUGCGGCCUCCACAGAGGAAAAGUCGUCCUCUCCCGAAGUAAAGAAGGACAAGAAGCGGCGUCGGCGAAGAAAGUCUAGAUGUAAGCAGAAGAAGAAGAAGCGUGUCAAGAGGCGUGGAAAGCGAGUACGACAAGCAAAGACAGGUGCCAGCUCGAGCGGCCAGCAGGCAAGCGACGAUGGUCAACGCGCGGAGGUCGAGGACGCGGGUUCUGCUCAGAGCCAGGAGCUCGAAACUGGUGCGGCCGAGGAAGCAUCGGAGGAGGCGUUGGGUGAGGAGGUGGAAGAAGAAGCCCAAGAAGAGGUCGAAGAAGCUGAAGCCGAGAGCUCUCACCAGGGUCAGCAAGAGGCCGGAGAGGAAGGAGAGGAGGAAUGCCAAGAAGUUGAUGAGGUGCUGGAGGACGACGUAGAGAUGGUGCUGUCUCUUUCGAUGCAGAAGGAAGUCGAGCAGGUUAGGAAGUGCCGCAGACGCUCGGGUCAUCUGUUCCAUCUGCCAACGGUUGUCAUCGACUAG